AUGACAGGAGAAACAUCCGUUAAGUCCGCCUCUGCCACUGACGUAAGCUCGCCAUCAUCAAAAAGUGAGGUUAAAAUUAAGAGUUUGAGUAAGAGUGAUGACAAGAAGAAUACUACCACAACUGUCACCAACGAACGAGAGAAGAAGAAGCAAACAUUCAUUACAAGAACCGUAUGGACUCUUGUGAUGAUUGUGUUCUUCCUCGUUGUUAUUGCUGGUGGGCAUUCAACAAUUGUAUCAUUGGUUGUUGUUGCUCAGUUGUUAACGUUUAAAGAGGUGAUUGCUCUUACUGCUGAACCAGCUAGAGAUAAGAAUAUCCCUUGGAAUAAAUCAUUAAAUUGGUAUUUCCUUAUAACCACAAUCUAUUACCUUGAAAGUGAUGUGUUGGUAGGCUUCUUUCAAGAUUACAUUUAUUCAAAUAAAUUUUUAACUGUAUUGGUAACUCACCAUACAUUUAUCAGUUACUUUUUGUAUGUAUUGGGUUUUAUUUUCUUUAUUUUGACUUUGAAAAAGGGGUUCUACAAGUUCCAAUUUGCUCAAUUGUGUAUUACUCACAUGACUUUAUUGAUUGUGGUGUUCCAGGGCCAUCUUGUAAUGGAAAAUAUUCUUACUGGUGUAUUUUGGUUCUUUUUACCUGUGGCAUUGGUCAUUGUUAACGAUAUCUUUGCUUAUUUAUGUGGUAUAACAUUUGGUAGAACUCAAUUGAUUGAAAUUUCUCCAAAGAAAACUGUGGAGGGAUUUCUUGGUGCUUGGAUCUUUACAAUGUUGUUUGCCGUAUUUUUUACUUAUGUGCUUUCAAUGUCUGAUUUCUUCAUUUGUCCUGCAGUCAAUUUAUCUACAAAUGUCUAUAAUUUCCCAACUUGUGACCCAAACCCAGUCUUUGUUAGCCAAUUAUACACUGUCCCUCAGAACUUUAUUUCCAGAUAUUAUGAAGUGGAUAUUAUUACUAUGAAACCAAUUUAUUUGCAUUCUUUGGCAUACGCAACUUUUGCUUCUUUAAUUGCUCCUUUCGGUGGGUUCUUUGCAAGUGGACUUAAAAGAGCUUUUGGUAUCAAAGACUUCGGUGAUACUAUUCCAGGUCAUGGUGGUGUAACUGAUCGUAUUGAUUGUCAAUUCCUUAUGGGUUCAUUUUCCUACUUGUACUAUCAAACUUUUGUAUCAACCUCAAAUAUGAACAUUGCUAACGUUCUACAGAUUGCAGUGAUGAAUUUAUCCGAACCUCAAAUCUUACAAUUAAUCAAAAGCUUGUUACGGUAUUUGAAUGGUGUUUCUUGGCUCAGUGAUGGGAAAUUAGAAACUGUCUUGCAAAUCUUAGAUGCUUAA